AUGAUGGCCGACGAUACCUCCUCCCCAUUCCACAUCUCCUACCGCGACCAACUCGACCUGGAACAAAAUGAGGCCUUCCGCGCCAUGAGAGAACAGCUGCGCCGCCAGGACUGUGGCAUGGAGGGCCCCAGCUUCUGCACCGAGCAUCACCACUCCUGCUCCUCCAUUGACCAGGACACCUUCCGUCUCCACCGCGACAUCAUUCACACCCUCCUCGUCCCGCUCUUCCUCAUCAACCACCAAGCCGAGCGUAUCGCCGCGCGCGCCCUCCCCAGCAAGAAAGGCGCCGAGCCCGAACGAGCCUUCCGCGGCGAGGCCCGCAGCGCCUUCGCCUGGCUCCAUUGCAUCCUCACCGAGGAGCAUGACUGGUACCUGACUGCACGCUGCCCGGCCUGCAUCGUCCUGCAUGUUCUACACUCCGAGCCCACCAUCCGCUUCGUCACUGUCGCCGCCCAGCUGGCUGGGCCGCGCUCCGGCUUCGACUGCUGGCUCGUCGCUCUAGAGACAGCCGUGCGGCAAGAUCCCUUCUGGGGCGACGCCUUCUGGCCCGACAUUGAAGAGCGUGCCUCGCGUCUGACCGACGGGGUGCAGCAGCUGGUGUGCCAAUGCCGCGAGCUGCGCACCACGCUCGAGAGCCCCGUUGCCACCGUGCCCAUGGCCAAGCCCAUCCCGGUCUGUGACCGUUCGAACGCGACCUGUACAAUCGCCAUCAAGCCCUCCAGCUUUGCCCGGAAACAGGUCCGGCUAGGCCGUGAGGAGCAGCGGUACCGGUCGCACAUGGUUUGGAACUCGUGGAACGAUUGCUCGCGCGAGCUACGCCAGCCGUUGGGCGGGGCUGUCCCCACGCAAUCGCGCCGGCGCUCCAUGACGUCGUGA